AAUAAAGAGAAAUAGUUUCAAAGAAAUGUUUCUGAAAGAACAAAAGCCGAAAUGAUGAAGCCUAGGAUUUAACGAUUAAAGAGCAAUAGCCGGAACACAAUAGGGUUAACGCGGGAUUUUCAAAAUGGCCCAAUGAGAUCGGUCCUGCCCGUCAGCCAAUGGAGAGGAAGCGAGAGGUAUAAAAGGGGGUCGGGCAGGGUUGGAGCUCAGUGCUCGCCUCGUGCGGCUUUGUUAAGGUCUGAGGAGGACGCUGCGGGAUGGCGCGCACGAAGCAGACGGCGCGUAAGUCGACGGGCGGGAAGGCGCCCCGCAAGCAGCUGGCCACCAAGGCGGCCCGCAAGAGCGCGCCAGCCACGGGCGGCGUGAAGAAGCCGCACCGCUACCGGCCCGGCACGGUGGCGCUGCGCGAGAUCCGCCGCUACCAGAAGUCGACGGAGCUGCUGAUCCGUAAGCUGCCCUUCCAGCGGCUGGUGCGCGAGAUCGCGCAGGACUUCAAGACCGACCUGCGCUUCCAGAGCUCGGCCGUGAUGGCGCUGCAGGAGGCGAGCGAGGCCUACCUGGUGGGGCUCUUCGAGGACACCAACCUGUGCGCCAUCCACGCCAAGCGCGUCACCAUCAUGCCCAAGGACAUCCAGCUCGCCCGCCGCAUCCGCGGGGAGCGCGCCUGAGGCUCCUGCACCGUGACCACCAAACCCAAAGGCUCUUUUAAGAGCCACCACACGCCCACCAGAGAGAGCUGAAUCUCCGUUUUCGUGGCAGGCGCGCGAUGAUCUGUGCAAGGGCUCUUUUCCGACGGUCGGAAAUAAAGGAGCUGG